UUCACUGGCGCGAAAAACGCACUGUGUGGCUCCAUCACACACCGCGGGGCGGUUCUAACGCCUGUUGUGUGAGUUCAGCUGCUUCUUUUUUUAUGCCUUUAAUUGACCAAAAACCUGCGUCGGAACCGCGGAUUCAACUCCUAAACGGGUUUUUAUUGUCGCCACCGGAAAUCUAAGGACGCCCACGAGCUCCAUCCUGACUGGAUUUAAUCUGAAGGGAUUAUUUACAACGAUGGAAUACGAUUGUUUCCAGGACUAUUUCUUCCACGAUUUUGACACGGAGGAAGAUUUUCACACUUCGACCGCACCGAGCGAGGACAUCUGGAAAAAGUUCGAACUGCUGCCCACGCCUCCCAUGUCCCCCACGCGGUCCUCCCUGCACCUCUGGCCGGGAGAGAAGCCCGCCAGCUGGCGCGCCAAGCUCCCGGCUCAGGACGAGGACUGCGAGAUCUUCUCCGCCGGGAACGGAAAGAUGUUGGGAAACCUGAGCUCCAUUAUUAUCCGGGACUGCAUGUGGAGUAGUUUUUCCGCGAUCAAACAACCGGAGAAGGUGCGAGCGUCGGCGGCGUCCCCGGCCCCGGUGAGAGCGAGCAGAGGGCAGUGCGUCCCGCCCGGAGCGCCGCUGGUCGCCGCGGCGGCGGACUGCGUGGACCCGGCAGCUGUGCUCACAUACCCGGCCAACAACAGCUGCAGGAAGCCGGCGUCGUCUGGAUCCGAGUCACGCUCCGAUUCCUCGGAUGAUGACGAGGACGAUGAAGAUGAGGAGGAAAUUGAUGUUGUCACGGUGGAGAGCAAGCAGAACAGGAUGCGGGUGAUGAAUGUCCGGCAGCCGGUGACUCUGAGGGUGCGCGCCGACCCUUGCCCCAAACGCUUCCACAUGUCUGUGCACCGGCAGCAGCACAACUACGCCGCCCGCUCGCCAGACAGCGACCCGGAAGAUGAAGACGACGAUGAAGAGGAGGACGAUGAUGACGAGGAGGAGGAGGAAGAGCUCCAAAUCAAGCGCGUGUGCUCAAGGUCCAGCAGCUCCAGUCCAGCGUCACGUGGCUCCCGACCCGCCUCCCCGUCCAGCUCGCCCCAAACCUCGGACGCUGAGGACACCGACCGCAGGAGGAACCACAACUUCCUGGAGAGGAAACGGAGGAACGACCUCAAAUCCCGGUUCUUAGCGUUACGAGAUCAGGUCCCGGGCCUGCAGUCGUCCAAGGCUCCCAAAGUGGCCAUCCUGACCCACGCAACCGAGUACCUCGCCAGGCUGCACACCAAGGAGAAGCGGCAGCUCCAGGAGAGGAAGCGCCUCCUGAUGAGGAAGCAGCAACUGUUACGGCGCCUGGCUGAGCUGAAGCGCUCCUGAGUCACGCUCCCAAAGGAAACAAACGCUACCCUCAGAUGACACGUCACUUUCCAAAAUCUUUUAUAUGACAAUACUCCUCAUGUACAUAUGUAAAUACCGUGGAAUGUUGCUGUGGGCUCCUUCUGAAACGACUGCUGUGUGAGUUUUCUGCUCUGACACAGAAGCUAUGACCAAGAUACUUCCUGGUAUGCUGUUGUCCUGCUGUGAGCAUCAGGGUGUGUGAAGUGUGUCGAGAUAUCCUCCGAUUUGCACAUGAAAAAGAAACGUGUAAAUGCCUUGACGUGUACAUAUCAACCAGCGCUGGAUUGUGAUGUAAAAAAUAGCUUAUAACUCCUGGCUGGAAUCAUGGAUUUUUCCUCAGAGCUCUGCUCCUCUAUGUAUGACGUGCCUCCGGGCAUCGAGAAGUCUCUAUUUUCUUAAGAAAACAAAAAUGGACAAAAAAAGAAAAGUAGCACUGCUGUACUUUAUAUCCACAUGUCACUUUGUGAUUACAAUGCAUCCCCUGAUUUUGAAGCAUGUUAACAUCAACUGCUACAUUAAAUUUUUAUACCACAU